CGUAAUUAUCAGGUCAGAAACAACUAAAGAAAAACAAUUUUUGGAGAAAUCAACUCAUGAAACAACUCUCUAUCUUAAUGAAUCUUCAGUUUACUGUAUUUUGGGGGUUUUGUUUUGGUGGAGUGAAUUUAUAUGUGGAUGUUUAUAUGUACUUAAACAAUUGUGUGUGUAUUUUCUACAUAUUACUGUUUUGAUAGUGACAAGUUAUCUGUUCAAUCGCAGGUUAGUAAUAAAAUAAUAAAACACAAACAGACAACAUGAUUUAGCUUUUUACCAGUGAGUGAAAUGAAAUCAGUCUGUUCUUUCUACGACUGUUCUGUUUCUCUGUCUUUAUCUUUUAAUUCUUCGGAAAAUAAACUAUACUUCUAUAAAUCUUUUCAAAUAGGCUGUUCCAGAUCAACAUUAUUUUGAAGGCCAGUAUUUGACCGGAAGUCCCAUUUUCUUCUUCUUCGGAUUUCCUUACUGUGUAUGGUUUGACGGAGCGGCAGUCUGUGCGGAAGUUCUUUCAUCCUGCAGGAGGAGAAGAAGAAGAGACUUCUCCUUCGUCUCCCCGCCUGAACACAACAAACCUCCGGACAGGAGCCUCCGGGGCCCCGGGAACAUUCACACACUCGCCGCCGACUGCAGCAGCUCCUCUGCCAGCCUCCAGAACCCACGGGCGAUGGCGAGGCCGAGCCACAGCGAUCACGUCCUCCAGCAGCUCAACAACCAGCGGGAGUGGGGCUUCCUGUGCGACUGCCUCAUCGCUAUCGGUGACAUUUACUUCAGGGCGCACAAGGCCGUGCUGGCGGCCUGCAGCUCCUACUUCAGGAUGAUGUUCAUCCGGGACCAGCAGGGGGCGGGCCGUCUGGACCUCAGCAACAUGCAGAUCAGCGCAGAGUGUUUUGACCUCAUUCUGCAGCUCAUGUACCUCGGACGCAUUGUCGUGGGGAGCUACGAGUUUGACGAGCUCAAGGCCUCCAUGGCGUACCUGCAGAUGUACUAUAUCCCCGACUCACUGGAGGAUCUCAGGGACAUCAGGAGCUCCAACCUCACCCCGUCCUCCUCAGCCUCGUCCUCAUCCUCAUCCAGUUCCUCCACUGGCCCCGCCGGCGGGAAAAUGAUGUUUGGAGUACGCAUGUACGAGCAGCAGAGGCCCGCUGCACCGGAAGUGGAGCGUUUACCGAAACCUGUCAACAGCAGCGCCGCACGUCCAGCUGCUCCAGCAACGGUCACUAGGCCGGCAGUGGCUGAGGAGGUGGUGAACACCCCUCUGAUGGUGGCGCCACCAGCUGUGGACGGAGCGGCGGAGCAGCCGUGUGACUUGAGAAAGAGGUCCAGCGGCAGAAGUUCAACUCUUAAAGACCGCCCUCGGUUCGGCCGAACCUACACCUGUGAUGACUGCGGCUUUGUCUUCAGCUGCGAGAAGCUUUUAAUCGAGCACAUCCUGACCUGCACUAACCGGAAGGCCUAUCAUCCUCCAAGAGGUAACGCCGAAGGCGACAACGACUCGAGUAAAGCUGAGAGCUCUGCAUCCGAGAGCACAGAGGAACACAGGGUCCUCUGUAAAGGCGAGGACGACUGGCCUGAGCCCAAGGCCGACUCUGACCUCACCAUCAGGUCGGUGGCAGCCGGGACAGAUGGCGAGCCCGGGUCGACUAGAAGCAUCUCCAUCAAGACAGAACCAGAAGAAAGCAUGUUCCCUGAGAUCGAGGUGGUCCGGGUCGGCGAGCACACCGCCAGAGACUGUAGCACACGGUUCAGUGACGUCACACGGAAAGACUUGCUGAAGGAGAAAAAGUCAUCGGACCGUGAACCAGAGCCCGGUGUCUCAGGUUUGGAGAACAGCAGCGAGCCUUUUGAAAGCCACAUGUCCAGCAGCGAUGAUUCAGGGAUUCCUGCGAAGCUUCGUAAAGUCAAAGACGAGAAGCAGGACACCGACUGUGCCCCUUGUGAACUGUGUGGUGCUCUGUUAACGGAGGAGGACAAGUCAGCCCACUACCUGUCCAACCACAUGGGUCAUAUAUGUGCCUGUGGACGGUGUGGCCAGGUGUUGAUCAAAGGCCGGCAGCUCCAGGAACAUGCAGAACGCUGUGGAGAAUCUCAUGGCGGUGAGUCGGACUCCCACGGGGAGGACGAGGUGUCCCUGCUGGAGGAGCCGCAGGGGAUGGAGGAGGGCCUGCUGGAGGCCGCCGACCUGGCCUGCCCUCACUGCGGUCUGCUCUUCCAGAACGAGAGCCUGGCGCUGGAGCAUGCCUUGUCCUGCCACGACCAGGAGCUGUUCCGCCCGGUGCUGCUAGAGGAGGGCGCCGAACCAGAUCAUCGCCGCAAACACUUCUGCAGCAUCUGCGGCAAAGGCUUCUACCAGCGCUGCCACCUGCGGGAACACUACACCGUCCACACCAAGGAGAAGCAGUUCACCUGCCAGACCUGCGGGAAGCAGUUCCUGCGUGAACGUCAGCUCAGGCUGCACACCGACAUGCACAAAGGCAUGGCGCGCUACGUGUGCCCGGUCUGCGACCAGGGAACCUUCCUCAAACACGACCACGUUCGACACAUGAUCUCCCACCUGUCUGCUGGGGAAACCAUCUGCCAGGUGUGUUUCCAGAUCUUCCCAGGUGGAGAGCAGCUGGAGAAACACAUGGACGUCCACCUGUACAUCUGCGGCGUCUGUGGAGAGAAGUUCCGCCUCCGUAAAGACAUGAGGAGCCACUAUAACUCCAAACACACCAAGAGAUUAUAGGAAGGACCCAAAACAUCUGCAUUUAUACUAGUUUGUUACUUAAAAAGCCAUAAAUGUGAGAACAAAUGUAUGCACUUGAACCCCAAAAAGACAACUUUUUAAUCUGCACUUUUAAGUAUAUGCAUAACCUAAACGGGCGUUCAUACUGCGAGCAGCAGGCUGGUGAUUGGUCGCUGGGUAACGGCUCUGUGUAUCAGUCUACAGCUUCUUGCUUUGAUAAGGUGACAUUAAGUUAAUACAGCUCAGAAAAACACGUAUCACAUUUUCACAGCUUUGAAUUAGGAUUUUAUGAGACAUCUCCUUGUCUUGUUUGUCAGCAUCAAUGUCUGUAGAUGAAACAAUCACAAAAGGCGGUAAACGAUCAAGUUUAGAAACCUGGCCGGCUGUUGUCACAGGUGGUGUUAGACACCCAUCAUAGCUAACCAGCUUAAUAGCUAACGAGUUGUAUAUUAUUAUUUAGAAUAUUUAUAAAGAUCUGGGGUUUUUUAUACAGGUGAUAAAUGUGAUAUUUAGAUGUCAGGAAAUUUGGAAUCACACAGGAACAGAGCUUUAGUUCCCUCCGUCCAAAAUGAUUCUUAAAGCUGUAAAAACCCAAAGAAAUAAAACGAGCAAAGGGAGAGAGCAGAUCCUCACACUGGAGGAGUUUGAACCAUUAUUGCUCAUCUGUGAAUCGACAAAUCAUUUUAGCACUAGAAUGUACCAAAGUCAUGUUGGUGGGUGGAGAGAGAUGGACUCCCAUCAUGCCUCUCCACCCGACUGGUUUGUGAUUGUGUUGCUCGCAGUGUGAACUCGCGGUCAGACGGGAAGUUCACUCCAAAACAAACACGGACCUACGCUCCUGAUCCUGUGACAGUCUGACCACCGCACGGUGAUGGAGGAAGAAGAUGGAGGACGUGGUGAUAAAAGUCAAAGCUGGCACAAUCCCUGAUGGAAUUAACCAAAGUUGUGACAUUAAACACAGGGGUUACUGUAGUUACCAAGGGUUGCCCAGAAGCUUAAAAAACAAGAAACAAUGGCCAUAAAACAGAAGCAAUAACGAGAGAAGAAGAACGGUUAACAAACAGGCAUGAAAGGAGCUAAAGCUAACGUUAGCAUUACAAGAAAAAAGACAUGACAGUAUAGACACAGCUCACACCUGUGUGGGUAUCUGUCGUGAUCACAUGAUGAAUUCAUAAUCUGCUGUCUUCAGAUCUGAUCAACAUUGUUUUGUUUACAAACAAGCAGCCAAGGGAGGAAACAAAAAUGUAAAAUCAAACGUCCCCAACUCACAAGUGUGUGAAACAUGUUUUUCCAUGGUCAAGGUAAUGUGAUGUAAGUGCCCUCCCAUUCCUCUUUAUACCAGUCUGAGCCCUGCAGCCUCUCGAUCACUGACCAGGUGAGUCAGUCAGGUCUGUGAGGGUUCAGGACUUAGGCCUGGGGGGGGGGGGUUUGUUUUGGAGUGAACUGUCCGUGGAAGACUUUCUCAGUGUUUCAGAGGGGCCGCGAGCUCGACCUUCUCUUUGAUGUCCCAGAAUACUAAAGGAGGUUUCAUGUCGUCAGCAGAGUGUGACCUCAGCUUCCUGAUGCUUUGUUCUGUGAGUCCUUCCCUUUACGUUUACUCACCGUCCAACAUGCUCUGUGAUCGGUGCCUUUACUGUAACAGUGGUGCACACUAGCAGCAGUGCACGUCUCAGUCUUUUUCUCUUCACACCGAUGCUUGAUGGGGGAUGGACAGGCAGAUAACGACCCCCCCCCC